CGCUGAUUCCCCUAUUGCUUUGCCAAUAACCGCAACCCACACCCUACAUUUACGCAUAUAGUUAACGCUCUCCUUAAAUCGCAAUGCCUUCCACAAAGCCAGCGGAGAACCCAACCAGCUUCGCGCCCGAUCUCGAGAUCGUCGGAGAUAAAGUCCGAAUCCAGCCUACCGGCUUCACUGCCGGCGCCAAGGUCGAAGAUGGCGGUAUCACAGAACGGCGUCUAGUACAGCAAAUGGGCCGCUUUCGACAGAACCCAUUCGAGUUUCUACGAGAGAUCAGCUUGUUUGUGUCUGGUACAGGAUGGCGCGCAUAUGAUGAUUUUGUUGGCCAGCCAAUUUUCUAUUCUGGCUUUACGGAGAAGGUAAAAUCUGAAGUUCUGCACCACCCGUUGCUUCAGGGAAAAAUUGCCGAGCUGGCUGAGCUGAGGACAAAAGUGGAAGAGAAAGAUGGGCUGCUGAACGGGCCAUCCAAUAACAACGGCGACAAAAGCCUACGUCGGAAAAAUGAGAUUAUAGCCAAUUUGCGCGAGGUGGUGGAUACUAUGAUUGAUAAUAUGAUUUGCAAGAUGGAGAGUAAGACCUUCAUCCGAGGCGCUUACUAUCUCUGUACCCAGCUCCUCACAAGAGCUUAUCACCAAGGAAUCCAUGUUUCUAGCGAAGAAGUCCUCCGUCUAAGAGCAGUGGCCAAAGAAGCAGCAGAGAAAAAGAAAUCUAUCAUCUUCCUUCCUUGCCAUAAAUCUCAUGUCGACUAUGUCUCGCUCCAGAUUAUUUGCUACCGCCUUGGAAUUGCGCUCCCCGUUGUUGUGGCAGGAGACAACCUCAACAUUCCUCUUCUAGGACCAUUUCUGCAGCACGCCGGUGCAAUGUGGAUUCGACGCAGUUUUGGAAACGAUCCCUUAUAUCAUACUCUGGUUCAAGCUUAUGUCGAUACCCUUCUCAGCAAUGGCUACAAUUUUGAAUGCUUUGUAGAAGGUGGCCGGUCAAGAACAGGAAAGCUCUUGCCACCAAAAUACGGUAUUUUGAGCUUUUUAUUGGACAGUGUCUCUUCAGGUCGAGUAGACGACGCCAUAAUAUGCCCGGUCAGCACGCAGUACGACAAAGUCAUAGAAACAGAGUCCUAUAUCAGCGAGCUUCUUGGCCAGCCAAAGCAAAAAGAAAACUUGAAGGACUUCUUGUCCUCGUCAUCGGUAUUGUCCCUGAAGUUGGGGCGCGUUGACGUCCGUUUCCACGAGCCUUGGAGCUUAAAACAAUUCAUAACGGAACAAUUGACGAGGCUCAACAAGAACCCCAGCAGUAUCAGUCUUGUUGAUCCUGCCGAAAGAGGGCGCAUUCUCAGAACGCUUGGAUAUCGAGUUCUUUCACAAAUCAAUGAUGUUUCAGUAAUCAUGCCUACAGCCUUAGUUGGUACCGUCCUUUUAACUCUCCGAGGCCGUGGGGUUGGAAAAGCUGAGCUAGUUCGCCGUGUUGACUGGCUUUGUGAGCGUGUGAGAGCCAAAGGCGGACGAGUCGCGCAUUUUUAUCGAGCUGCAACCGAACAUGUGGUGGAUCGUGCUCUUGAGGACCUAGGUCCAAAACUAGUUGGUGAAGUAGGCGGACUUGCGGAGCCCACCUUUUACGCUGUGGACAGGUUUCAGCUCUCGUUUUACCGCAACAUGACGAUACAUCUCUUCAUCACCGAAGCUUUGGUCUCUGCUGCGAUGUAUACGCGUGUGAAGCAAGGUGGCGGACCAGCAAACCAACGAAUUUCAUACGAUGAAUUGCUCUCUCAGGUUUCAUUUUUAUCACAGAUCUUUCGUGGUGAAUUUAUAUUUCCUCCAGAAGGAUUGACUACAAAUCUUGAGAAGACUCUCCACGGCUUGGAACGUGAUAACGUGAUUAAAGUGACCCGUAAUUCGACAAAUGUUCCCACGGUGAUUGAAUUAAGCGACCAAGAACGGCAGUGCGGACGGGAGAACUAUGACUUUUACUGCUUCCUCGUCUGGCCCUUUAUCGAAGCCUGCUGGCUUGGAGCAGUCUCCCUUCUAGGACUCACGCCACCAUUAUCCAACCCACAGACCUUCUGGGUCGAUCUAAAGAAAGCACAAGACAAUGCUCAGCUGGUAAGUAAUGCGUAUACGCCACAUCUCUUGCAGUGGUUUUGGGCAUUAUUGACCGCUUCGCGACAUAGCUGGGCAAAACGCUUUAUCACCAAGGAGAUCUAUCGUACUUCGAAGCCGUGAACAAAGAGACACUCAAGAACGCUUAUCAGAGAUUCGAAGAGGAGGGGAUCAUAAUUGUCGCCAGAAGCAAGGAGUCCGGUACCGCUGCAACCCUGCGGAUUGCCCCCAAUUGGAUGCCGGAAAGGGACCCUGAAACUGGGAAACUACUACCUCGCGGAAGGCUUUGGGAUUUUACAGAUUUGAUCGCCCAGUCGCGGCGCGAAGGGAAAAACAGACGAGACGGGGCGACCGUCUCUUCCCGUGUCUUGACCAUGAGCGAUGCAGUAGGACAAGUAUUAUUCCGGAAAGCAGAGCUUCCAAGCUCAGGGACUCCAGAAGAUGACGUGAAGUUAUCCACAACCAAGAUGAGACGGAAAGCAAUCGAGACACCAUCAAAACUGUGAGUGAGAAGAGUCAUUUGCUCUUAUGCUCUGAUGUAUUUACUAUUUAUACCCCCCAAUUUUUUUCCAGCUAUAGAGCCUGUGAUCCUAGAUGGCUUUUUGUAAUAUAUCUAUGCAUUGGGCCAUUUCCUACCGGCAAGAAAUAAAUCUAUUUCUUUUUAUACUAUUAACUAAAAAUAUAGUUACUGUAUUUUUUA